AUGGAAAUUGAAGGUUGUGUCGACCCAGCCAAUAGAGCCGCAGAUGGAAUGCUGGAGGGAGUGUUCGAGGGUUCUUUAGAAAGGACUGAUGGUGAAGAAGAUGGUGGUGUUGAUGGGAGGGCUGAAGGUGCACUUGAGGGAACACUGGAACCAGAAGGAUCCAUAGACGAUUCAUUCGAAGGAAAACUAGAAGGUACUGCAGAUGGGGCUCCUGUGGGCAGAGUAGGACCACUGAUUGGCAAGCUGGACGGUGAGAGAGAGGGUUCCAUGCUGAGACUAGUAACGGGUUGGCUGGUGAUUUGCAUGAUAGAGGGGCUUCCAGGAGUCGGUGUGGGAGCAGAACUGGGAUUUUCAGAUGGGACUCUGGAAGGUAAAAGAGUUGGUUGUUCACUAGGGCUGUCACUGGGAUUGACAGAUGGAAUGCUGGUUGUUGGGGCAGCAGAAGGGUUUCCAGGGGUAACCGUGGGGCUGAAGCUUGGAUUUCCGGAUGGGACUCUGGAAGGCAAAAGAGAUGGUUGUUCGCUAGGGCUGUCACUGGGAUCGAUAGAUGGAAUGCUGGUGGUCGGUGCAGCAGAAGGGUUUCCAGGGGUAACCAUGGGGCUGAAGCUUGGAUUUCCGGAUGGGACUCUGGAAGGUAAAAGAGUUGGUUGUUCGCUAGGGCUGUCACUGGGAUUGACGGAUGGAAUGCUGGUUGUUGGGGCAGCAGAAGGGUUUCCAGGGGUAACGUGGGGCUGAAGCUUGGAUUUCCGGAUU